AUGUCGCCCAAAGUGAAUGCCUUUGCUAUAAUUGUUAAACCUGUUCAAUUGAACAUCCCCACCUCCACGAUUGCAGAGAAAACCUUCAACCCCAUCAGAAACAUCGUGGACAGCAUGAAGCUGACACCCAACCCAGAGAAGGAGAUGAUAGCCCUGUCAAUUGGAGACCCAACUGUGUUCGGCAACCUCCCAGACCCUGAGGUGGCAGAGGAAGCUGUGAUUCAGGCAGUAAAGGGACGGAAGUCGAAUGGUUAUGGUCCAUCUGUAGGUUGCAAGAUGGCGAGGGAAGCUGUAGCUAAACACAUCUCCACUCCAUCGUCCCCAGUAACAGCACAGGAUAUCAUUCUGUGCAGCGGCUGCUCCAGUGCCCUUGACCUUUGCAUCACAGGUUUGGCCAACCCUGGUCAGAACAUCCUCAUCCCAAGGCCAGGAUUCUCCAUCUACAAGACGCUGGCCGAGUCCCUUGGGAUCACCAUCCACAUGUACGACCUGAUUCCAGAGAAGUCCUGGGAGGCUGACUUGGACCACUUGGAGCAGCUGAUUGACGUCAACACCGCCGCCAUCAUCGUCACCAACCCCUCCAACCCCUGCGGCUCUGUGUACAGUCAGUGCCACCUGGAGGACAUCCUAGCUCUGGCUGACAAGUACAAGCUGCCAAUCAUCGCAGAUGAAAUAUAUGAGCAUUUUGUGUUCCCGGGCCUGAAGUAUCACCCUAUUGCCUCCCUCACAAAGGACGUCCCUGUCCUCUCCUGUGGAGGAUUGACUAAGAGGUAUCUGGUGCCAGGCUGGAGACUGGGAUGGAUUGUCAUCAACGACAGACACGAUGCACUCACUCAAGUGAGGUCUGGGUUGGUCCGCCUGUCCCAAAGGAUCCUUGGACCAAACUCUCUCAUCCAGGCAGCUGUCCCAGACAUACUGGAAAAGACACCUGCUUCAUUUUAUCUGGAAACCCUCAACUACAUUAAGAGGAACGCAGAGCUGUUCUAUGAGCGUCUGUCUGCCGUCCCCGGACUGGUUCCAGUCAUGCCGCAGGGUGCAAUGUAUAUGAUGGUCGGGUACGACAAGGACUUGUUCCCCGAGUUCAAGACAGAUAUUGACUUUACACAGAGUCUGGUGACGGAGCAGAGUGUGUUCUGUUUGCCUUCUACUUGUUUCCAGUACGCAAACUUCUUCCGCAUUGUGUUGACCGUGCCAACCGAGAAGGUGACCGAGGCUUGUGACCGGAUCCAAGAGUUCUGCAACAACCACUACACCGCUGUUGCCAACGGCGUCAACGGCCACCAGCAUUGAUCAUGUGCCUUUCAAGCAUAGAUCAGCAGUGUUCAAGUAUAGAUCAGCACUGUUCAAACAAAGAUCAACAAUGUUCAAGCAUGGAUCAGGAUUGUUUAAGGCAUGAUCAAACAUAUUAGAGAAUGAUCAACCACUGUUGAAGCAUUAUUUACAGGGGUGAGAAUUUUCCGCAGAAUUGCACGAAUUUGAUAGCGCUGGGGUCAUUCUUGUGAAUCGUCUAAAUCCGAAAGGAAAGGCUCCCCGGCUCAUUUUCCUCUUUUUUCACUCAUAAACAUGCUCAUCCCUGUAUUCAAGAAUUAAGCAUGAAUCCAGCAGAGCUUGAUGAUAGAUUUAGCUGUGUUUGUGUUGGAUCAUACACUAAGCUUUUUGAUCAUACACUAAGCUGUGUUGGAUCAUACACUAAGCUGUGUUGGAUCAUACACUAAGCUGUGUUGGAUCAUACACUAAGCUGUUUGAUCAUACAUUAAGGUGUUUGAUCAUACACUAAGCUGUGUUGGAUCAUACACUAAGCUGUGUUGGAUCAUACACUAAGCUGUGUUUGAUCAUACACUAAGCUGUGUUGGAUCAUACACUAAGCUGUGUUGGAUCAUACAUUAAGCUGUGUUGGAUCAUACACUAAGCUGUGUUGGAUCAUACACUAAGCUGUGUUGGAUCAUACACUAAGCUGUUUGAUCAUACAUUAAGCUGUGUUUGAUCAUACAUUAAGCUGUGUUUGAUCAUACAUUAGGCUGUUUUGGAUCAUACACUAAGCUGUGUUUGAUCAUACGUUAAGCUGUGUUUGAUUAUAGAAUAUACAGCAGUUGAGUAUGGGUUUGGCUGUGUUGGUGCAUAAGUUAAGAAAUGUAUGUGCACAGACUGAACUGUUUGUUCAUGGAACAGGCCAUGUUUGAGCAUUGAUGAAGCAACAUUUGACUCUUGACCAAACCAGAUACAGUUCAGCCAAUAGAAAGUAGUGGGGAUGCUUGUAGACAAGGUUGUAGAUAAAUUAAUACAGGACAUUUAUGAGUGGAAUCUCUGUGUCUUGGGACUGCACAGUUGAUCAGAGUUUUUGCUGACGACAAUCCUUUCAUUGGACUUUCUUAUUAAUCAAUACAAUUUAUGUUAACAUUCUUCAGUAUGUCUUGGAAAACAUUCUGUAUUUUGCAAAAACAUGAGACCAAUUAAAAACCCUGAAAUGCACUUAUUUGUAAACAAAAUGUAUAUGUCAUAAUCAUGAUUUCUCUUAACUUACUUUAGAAACAAAUAGAUGCAUAUUUUUUAGAAAAUGGAACAUUUCCAAACAGUCAUUUUCUCACAGAAGUUUUUUUGGCUGUAGAUUAUUUGAAUUAUCACUGUGGACAUGUACGUCAACAGACUGGUUCAGAUGUGGUCUUAUAUUUUUUAUAAUCCUUACUGGAAUUUAUAAAAGUAUCACCAUUUCAGGAGUUUUGACUACAGCAAAUCUGGAAAACAUAUAUACAUUACUGAUAUCAAAAUUAUUUUGUGCAUGAUAUAUAUUUUUUAUAUUCCUGUUUGUUUACUUUGCCUAUAUUCAAGUGCCUUUGAUAUUUUGAUAUAUAUAAGUAUCUACUAUUGUGUGAUCUUAACUGAUAAUACAGGAGCCUUAAUGAUGAUGCAGCCAUCCUAAGAAUGCAGCUGUGGACGAUGCAGCUGUGGUCGAUGUAUAAAUAUAUGAGAAAUAUAAAACAAAACAUGUACUUUUUUCUUUCCGAAUUUACUCAUCAACAUGGCUGACGCAUGUCAUCAUAUCCCUAGUCCUUAGAUGAAAUCACUGGAUUGUCUGGUCCAGAUUAGAUUAUUUCCAGCGCUGAAAGUUAGCUGGAAUGUUGCUUUAUUCAGCAAUAAACAAACUGAGGUAAUCCCUGUAGUAUUAUGAUGAGUUUGCUGAUAUAUUUUAAGUGAUAUUUAAGUUUUUGUUGAUCCGUAUUGUUUUGUAUCUAUAGUGUGAAAUAGAUGGGCGAAUUAUGCAGAUUUAUGCGCACAAGAAAUUGCAUUUUCUUGCCUGGCACAAAGUGAGGUUGAAUUCUCAGUGUGACACCAAUAUGAUUAUUUUCAAAAUGUCAUGGUUUUAGACCUGUACAUUUGAGUUGUUGUUUUUGUUAAUAGGGCCAGCCCAAUUUUAUUUUUCGUUUUACAGAUUUUUGUCCUCAGAAAACCUAAAGGCAGGAGGGAAAAAAAUAAAAUCACCAGUCAAAGCAAAAAACCCACAUGAGUUUUUCAAAGGCAUCGUUUUUCAACUUCACACUCGCUGAGGUGCUUGAAGUACUGAUUUCUAACACAAAUAUUGUUAAAUUAUUCAGUUUAAAGUCUCUGAGAACAGAUACCGGUGUUUUAGUUUCCAACAAACUGCCUUGCGUUGGCGAAGUAUCGCUCCCCCGAAAACCUUAACAUUAGGAUUUUAUUUUUCGAGUGGGGGAAAUAUAUUUAUAUAUGUUUUCUUAUUCUUGAACAAAUACGACCGGCGGAUCCAUAAAACAAGAAAUAAUAUUGGUCUGGCCUAAUGAUAUUUUAUUGAAGCGUUAAGUUUGCCUGUUUCAGAAUUCUUGCACAAAAAUUUUGUUGUUUUAAAAUGUAUUGUUUUAACAUAAAAUGGAGUAUUAUUUGAACCUUUUAUGAUCGUUCAUCAGAGACUGUGACAAUGUCUGCAGGAGGCAAGACAUGUCAAACAAUUGUUUUCAGACGAUCAGCAGUUUUGUCAAACAAUCAGUAUUUUUGUCACGCAAUUAGUUGUUAAGACAAACUGUGUUACAGCUGCAAGUCAACCAUGUGGUGUGAUGUUUCACAUGACUGCCUGAUAUUUCACAUGACUGCCUGAUAUGUACAUUUUGCUCUGAAGGAGUAAUGCUUCUUAGAAAAAAACAGUUCACAUUGUGAUGGAAUUAACUUGUUAUUUUUUGGAUCACAAAUCCACAGUCUAUAUUCAACAUUUAUGUAACAUUCAAUUCAAAUUAAUACUUAUCCGUUUUGCUGACUUCACUUAAAGAUUUUAGUAUAUUAUUAUCAGGUUUAGGAAAAAUCAACACUAGUAUUGUUGUUGACGUCUUGUAUGUUAUCUCAUUGAUAGUAAUUAGUGAUUCAAGAUAAUAUUACAAUGAAUCCUUGGGAUUCAGAUCCAUGAUAACAAUGAUCUUAUUAUGAGUUCCAAUUGACUAUAGAGUGUAUCAGUAUUAGAUCAGGUGUUGGUAUAUUCUGCUGGGAUUAACUGGGUAGUCCGAAACAAUGUUUUGGAGUUUGUUUUACUGCAUAUGAUGGUUUUGCUCUUAGAGAUUAAAAUUUGGAUCUUUGAAAUAUAACUUUGUAAUUGUGCUGUGCUUGUACAUAUAAAAUCUUGUUCCCAUCGCUAUAUGGCGGAAAUAAUGUUGAUGCAAUGUUAGACAUUGAUUCAGUCAUUAGUUGUAAACGAUUGUGAUAUGUGUAUCUUCUCAGACAGUGUAUGAAAAUACAGGGUUACAAUCAGCAGCAGCAUGUUUUACGUGAUAUCUUAACUUGGUAAGAUUCCAUGUAACCUCUGAACUGUGUAAGAUAUUUCCCAAUGUCUAGACCUUUGAAGAUAGUAUGUAAUGUCUGGACUUUGUAAAAUCUGAAAUUUGAAGUAUCAUAAGUAAUGUGUGAGCUUUAUGAGAUUUUACAUAAUAUCUGAACUUUAUGAUAAUGCGUAAUGUCUAAACUUUAUAUGAAUUUAGUAUAUUUUCUGUUCUCUGUUCAGCUGGCAAGAAUAUGGCCUCAUUCUAUUGAUAUUGAAUAACCCAAGAGAUUGUUGUCAUGUUAGUACCAAUACACCUCAGUUAAACUAGACAGACCUUGAUGAAUCCUUUUGUAAAAUGGUUUAUGUACCAGUAACAUAUUUCUGCAUUUACUGAACUAUUUUUGAUACGUUUAUGUAAAAUACCAAACAAAAUAUUUGAAUAAUUGUUAAUUAUCUUGUAAUAUUGUACAUCCAUUUCAAAGAUUCUUGCGACAACCCUUCGAAGCAUGUUAUUUGUAGAUAUUAUAUGACAUUGUUUGACCAGCUUGGUAUGUAACUGUAAACUCUAUAUGAUGAUGAUGAUGAUGAUGAUGAUGAUGAUGAUGAUGUUGUUAUAUAGAUAGAGAUGCAUUCCAAGUCAACAUAUCAGAACUAUUUAGACCGUUCCAGUCUAUUUUGUUAAACAUGAUGCUGCAAUGAUAUUGUGAUAGAAUCUGGAGGCAUUGCAAUUAAAUAUUUUAUUUUUUAGUUCUAAAGCUGACGAUGUGAUUUUGAAUAAAUGGCCUAAGAACGUGAUAACAAAUGAAUGUUUAUAUUUUAACCAAAGUGACAAUCCAAUUUAACUCUUAUCAAUGAUCAGAUUAAUUUUCUUGUACAAUUAUGAUGUGAUUGUGUUCUGUUUGUGUAGAUACUGUGUAGAGCUGACCAUUGUUAGGUUUUGUUUUGAUCGGAGGCACAGGUGGCCUAAUUGUCUAACAUGCCACGUAUUGUCCCCCUUUACAGUGUCAGGAUCUGCUGAUGAUAAUGGGUUUGAAUCCUAGCAUCAUGCUAGUGCUAGUAUCUGCAUCAAGUCUGUACAGUGCGAUCUGUACAUAAGGUGUCAGGAUGUAUACUCCCCAGGGUGUUGAGAACAUAAAUCAGUGAUCCAUAAACCGAGGUAAUUAUGUUGUGGUUUAGGGUAUGGAUUUAGCACAUUAUACCUAUGUACAUUAUAAUCCACAUUAUUAUCAGUGUGAUAGUGGUAAUGUCACUUUAUUAUGGUGGAGGUGAGCUCAGUUGGUUUACAUGCUGCUUAUGCAGGGUAACAUUGUAUACCGGUAUUGUUGUUGAAUCCUUUCCUUUUCAAAAGUCCAUGAAUAAAAUAUGUCAUGCAGAAAAAAAUAAUAAAACCAGAAGAAUACAGUUAAUGUAAAUAUGAACAUAUGCUGAACUCAUUGAUGGGCACGUAGAAGUAGAAAAACAGUCGAACUUUGUACAGUAAAAUUGUGAUACAAAAUGUAAAUAAGUCUUUUAGAAUGUGGAAGGCCAUGAAAGCAAAAUAUUUUUUUUGACUUGCAAUAAGACAAUCAAGAUUUAGAUUUGUUUUUUUCGCAAAAAAAACCCCCAGCUUUUAUGCAUGUUUAUAUAUUUACGAUGAGUCUCAACGUGUAGAUAGAUGGUUACUGCGCACAUACCGGUGACAUGACAUAUAUAUAUAUAUAUCUGUUGACACGUUUUACCAUUUCAACUUGUUAUUUAUCAGUAGUAAGUGUUUUACUAUCAGUAGUAAAUAGCGUGUGUUGACCAAGUCGUAUUGUUGUGCAAUGAAUCAACUGGUCCCGGUGCGUGAAGUGUUAUGUAUGAUCUGCCUGUUGUAUUGACAUACAAUGUGAUGGUAAGGAAAGACAAUCUCUGAAACAUGACUUGGUCUUGCAAGUUGAAAGAAAUUGAUAUAGAAUAUCAUUUAGAUAUUUAAAUGGUAAAGGCUCAUGACAAUCUCUGACAACAUGACUUGGUCUUGCAAGUUGAAAGAAAUUGAUAUAGAAUAUCAUUUAGAUAUUUAAAUGGUAAAGGCUCAUGACAAUAUGUGACAACAUGACUUGGUCUUGCAAGUUGAAAGAAAUUGAAAGAAAUUGAUAUAGAAUAUCAUUUAGAUAUUUAAAUGGUAAAGGCUCAUGACAAUCUCUGACAACAUGACUUGGUCUUGCAAGUUGAAAGAAAUUGAUAUAGAAUAUCAUUUAGAUAUUUAAAUGGUAAAGGCUCAUGACAGUCUCUGACAACAUGACUUGGUGUUCUAUUAGAAAGAGAAAAACAUAUCAUUGUAAUGUCAUGGUUGAAGACAAUCUCUGAAAACAUGUCUUACUUUCUAAAAACAUGACUUUGUAUUACAGGAUGAAAAUAGGAAAACGUAUUAUUGUAAUGAUAAUGGUUGAUAGCAAUCUCUCAUAACAAUACCAGACAGAUGUGGGUAUUUUUAUCCUUUUGAAUGUCAGUAAGAGUCAUCUUUUCGCUCAUACAGUUGUAAAGUAUAAGGGUAUGUGUGUGUAUAUAUGUAUCUCUCAACACAAGUGUCUUAAGGUCGUUCUUAUCAAGCAAGGCAGCUGAUGUGAGUGUGCAGAUAUAUUGUGAUAUCCCAGAUUGUAACAACUAUGUAAAUAGAUCGUCCAAUGAAUACUGGUGAAACAUUGUCACAUUGUUUUCUCUGUAUAUCCUGACUUUUGCUUCUAAAAUAUAUUGAGAAAUAUCAAUGAUAAACACACUUUUAUUAUUGAAGGACAAACAGUGAUAUUAAACACUGGUAAAGUAUUUUUUAUAGAUCUGUGGUAUCUUAUAGAUUUCAAAUAUUGCAUGUUACACUAUAUUUGUUAAGGAUGCUGUAAUGUUAAAACCUUUGUGCCUUACAACUGAUAAAUUACAAACACAGGCUUGUAUACAUCGCUACUCAACUUUUGCUUGCUGUUUCAUUCUAUUUACAUGUACACAUUGUCAGUGAAUAGUCUGGUGAAUCCUGAAAAUAUGGGGAACAGGUAUUAAACGUUGGAUGGUAUAUAUUAGAAAGGUGAUAAAACUGUUUUCCUUUUUAAUUUUUUAAUUUUAAGUUUUAACUAUCUGUUGAUAGAAACCAUGGCUUAUUAUGACCAUUGUGGUGCUCAGCAUCUUGGUGAUGCUUGUUCCUGUAGAGAUACAUCUAUAUUAAAGUAUAGUCCGUGGCCAAUUGAACAGCGAUGCGUUCAAAUGAAUAUUUGGCCUUAAAAUGUGCCUUAAUCAUUCCACCAUAGUUCCUGAGUGUUGGUUACCUUGGUAUUAAUCAAAAUGGCUUUGGAAGCAUAUACUGUAUUCAAGAAAACUGCUUUUACUGACAAUAGUAUUAAUUUGCAAAUGUGAUGAUGCUAACCAAACUGCAAACGUAUGAUAUAUCCAAGAAAUCUCCCAUGUACAUUUAUUUUUGCUGUUUAAAUAGCAUUGGUUAUUCUAUGAAGAUAUGUUUUUGUGUGUGCGUGUCCAAUCUAACCUAUAUAUAUGUAUGUUGUGCUGGGUGAAAAUACUUGACAUUUGAAACUGUUUUAUGUAUUGAGGUUCUGGGAAGCUCUUGUGUUGUUGGUUACAUAUCUAGUUAUGUAGUGUAGAUCAGCGUGUUAACAUUGGGAUGGACUGUUUUGACCUAUGUUUUAUACAGAUAUACAUAUAUAUAUUUUAUGUAAAUGUGAAGUUUGUCAAAAUAAGAUAUGAUUGCUGUGCGGUUGAUGCUUAAGACCUCGUAAUACUUACAUGUGCAUUGUGACGAUGUCUCUACCAUGGAAUCUAUGAGUGCUUACUUUCUGUUCAUGAAUCAGUCGUUUAAGAGAAAAAAUAAUGGUAAUUUACAGAAUUCAAAACAGGGAUGUUAGUUUGUUAUUUACAGACUGCAGCCAUACAGCUGGAGUAUUGGGGCGUUAAACAACAGACAGAGAGCGCAUGAAACAAUAUGAUGAGGAUAAACAAGGGAAGGGGUUGUCAUCCAAUGGCGGUAACAAGCCAGCUCGCGUGUCUUGUGUUAUUCUUUGGACUCAUACAGCACAGGUCUCUUUGCCGUCUUAUAAACUUUCUCACUCACCUGAUAUAACUGAAAUACUGUUAGGUGUAGAACUCACUCACUCACUCACUCUACCCAGAGUCCUCUAUGUCAGGGAUGUCAAGCAGGGACCCACAAGGACCAUAUGGCAGCUAUUCCACAGAAGUGCUCAUUUCAGUAUUGUUCAAUAUUAUUUUGACAAACUUCAUUUUGUUUGCUUUAAAUCAGUGACGAUAGCACAAAUAUAUACAUUCAUAAUGACUGUCAAUCUGUGUUUGUGUAGACAACCUUUUGUUGUUGUGUGAUUUAUUUUUAAUAAACUUAUUUUAACAACA